AUGACCCGUAGUGAUCAAAGUCCCGACAGUCAUGAGCGCUCUUCGCUCAUUCGAGCCACAGACACUUUUCAAAAUGAAACCAUCGACGAACAAUCCCUCUCGGAGAGAGAACCACUCUCACAGCGGGCUUCUCUGUCAGGGGAGCACCUCCUUUCCAAUGAUCAACCGCCUUCUGAAACACUUGGUCUUGAAGAUUCCAUAGUAGAAUCCAAAAGUCCAUGGUACCUCACGCUACUCACGAUAUCUAUUGGAGGACUGCAGAUUGUAUGGUCUGUUGAACUCUCCAAUGGAUCACCAUAUUUAUUGUCCCUCGGAAUGAGCAAGGCUCUUCUUGCCUUUGUUUGGCUUGCAGGCCCUUUAACUGGCGUUCUUGUUCAACCAUACAUCGGUAUCCGCAGUGACCGUUGUCGGGUUUCCUGGGGGAAACGAAAGCCAUUCAUGAUUGCGGGCACUUUGGGGACUGUUGCAUCAUCCAUGAUCCUCGCAUACGCCCGAGAUAUUAUCCGAGUCAUGGCCCGGUUGAAAGUCGAUGCUCAUUAUGAUGGAGGGUACAAGACAGCUACCAUCAUAUUGGCCACGAUCAUGAUGUGGUGCCUAGAUUUUUCUAUCAACACAGUCCAAGCUGCUAUCCGAGCCUUCAUUGUCGACAAUGCUCCAUUUCAUCAACAAGAGUCUGCCAAUGCGUGGGCUUCUCGAAUGACCGGGGUUGGCAAUGUUCUAGGUUACAUUUUUGGCUUCCUGAAUCUUCCCCAAUAUUUCCGCUUUCUCGGCAAUACCCAAUUCAAGGUCCUGGUGGUCAUCGCAUCGAGUGCACUGAGCUCGACAGUGUUGAUCAGCAUUCUUACCAUCACCGAACGAAAUCCCCAAUUGGAUCCACCCUCGAAAGCCGACUAUGAAUCGACUGGAUUGUGGGCUUUCUUCCAGCAGGUCUUCGUUUCCGUGAAACGACUGCCACCUCAGAUACGAAAAGUCUGCGAAAUCCAAUUCUUUCACUGGAUUGGCUGGUUCCCUUUCCUCUUCUACAUCACAACCUAUAUCGGCCAGCUCUAUGUCAAUCCCUUACUCCAGCCGGGCCUUUCGGAUGACGAAGUGGAGCAACUCUGGAGCAAAGCAACUCGAAUUGGGACCCUUGCUCUCCUCAUUUAUGCAAUCACCUCUUUUACUGCCAAUAUCAUCUUACCGUUCUUGGUUGUGCCAACCUACCGGACUCAACCUCCACAUGAAGCCGAAGAUUUUGCGCGACCAAUCACCCCGACGUCCCCGAUCGGUGCCAGACCACGGAAUUCUCCAUGGGGUGAGGCAGCCUAUAGUAGAUCGCAAAGUAGCCUUUCCAUACAUCUCAUUCCUGGAGAUGCGUACAUGAGCAAUUCGGUGACUCAACAACCUCCUGACUUUCUGAAGCGCUGUUUGACAAGGAUCCAAAUCCCUGGAUUGACACUUCGACGAGCGUGGCUGUUGUCCCAACUCCUUUUUUCAUCAUGUACAUUCAGUACCUUCUUCAUAUCGACCCCCCUAGCCGCGACGAUUAUGACCGCUUUGGUGGGCAUCUCAUGGUCUUUGACAUUGUGGGCUCCUUUUGCUUUGAUCUCGGCGGAAAUAUCUCGGCGUGAUGAAAUACGACGGCGAAAACACCGGCAAAGACUGAUGAAUGGAGACGAAGACGGUGAAGAUGACAAGGACGAAGGAGAGGAAGACCAAGCAGGCAUUAUUCUGGGACUACACAAUGUUGCGAUCAGUGCACCACAAAUCCUUGCCACAUUGAUCAGCAGCGCGGUGUUUAAGCUUCUACAAAAGCCGAGGAACGAGCCGGGAGAUGUGAGUGUUGGAUGGACGUUGAGGAUUGGUGGAGUGGCCACGCUGAUAGCGGCGUUUAUAACUUGGCGGAUGAAAGAACCCGGGGAUGAAGUUGAUGGAGAUCAAUAA